ACCAGAACAGGAUUGGUUCGUGAAGCCAGGGCCGUUCUAAACCACUCCCCACGUUUCCUCUCCAAGCUCAUCCGGUGGUGUGUAGCUUAGCGUAAGCUAUUUUGCUAAACGUUUUUUUUUUCGCGUGAAGAGAAGACUAAUAAAACUAAGCAACGACAAGCGACUAAACUUUCUUUUUUCGUCACUGUGUGUCAGCCUGUUAAUUCUAGCCUAAGUCUUGAUUGUCUGGAAAGGCCAGAAGGUAACAGAGAACAAAAUGGUGCUAAAGUCAGAAGACGGAGUUGUGCCGGAUGAUCUCACUCCAGAAGAGCAGCAGGAGCUGGAAAACAUCCGCCGCCGCAAACAAGAGUUGCUGGAUGACAUACAGAGGCUGAAGGAUGAGAUAGCAGAGGUGACCAGUGAGAUCGAGAACCUGGGCUCCUCAGAGGAGAGGAAGAACAUGCAGAGGAACAAACAGGUGGCCAUGGGCCGCAAGAAGUUCAACAUGGACCCCAAGAAGGGCAUCCAGUUUCUGAUUGAGAACGAGCUCCUCAAGAACACCAGUGACGACAUCGCCCAGUUCCUCUACAAAGGGGAGGGCCUUAAUAAGACCGCUAUAGGGGACUACCUUGGGGAGAGGGAUGACCUCAACAUUCAGGUCUUGCACGCAUUUGUGGAGCUGCAUGAAUUCACCGAUCUUAACCUGGUGCAGGCACUCAGGCAAUUCCUGUGGAGUUUCAGGCUCCCUGGCGAGGCUCAGAAGAUUGACCGUAUGAUGGAGGCAUUUGCACAGCGCUAUUGUCAGUGCAACCCUGGUGUCUUCCAGAGCACAGACACCUGCUACAUCCUGUCCUUUGCCAUUAUCAUGCUGAACACUAGCCUGCACAACCCCAAUGUGAAAGACAAGCCCGCGGUGGAGAGGUUCAUCUCCAUGAACAGAGGCAUCAACGAGGGAGGAGACCUACCAGAGGACCUGCUCAGAAAUCUCUACGACAGCAUCAAGAAUGAGCCCUUCAAAAUCCCAGAGGAUGAUGGGAACGACCUCACACACACUUUCUUCAAUCCGGACCGUGAAGGCUGGUUGCUCAAACUGGGUGGACGUGUGAAGACAUGGAAGAGGAGGUGGUUCAUCCUCACCGACAACUGCUUGUACUACUUUGAGUACACAACUGACAAAGAGCCCAGAGGAAUCAUUCCCUUGGAGAACCUCAGCAUCCGGGAGGUGGAGGAUAAGAAACCGAAUUGCUUUGAGCUGUUUAUCCCAGAUAACAAGGACCAGGUGAUCAAAGCGUGUAAGACUGAGGCCGAUGGAAGGGUCGUCGAGGGCAACCACACCUUCUACCGCAUAUCUGCUCCAACAGCUGAUGAGAAGGAUGAGUGGAUGAACAGCAUCAAAGCUGCCAUCAGUCGAGAUCCAUUUUAUGAGAUGCUUGCGGCUCGGAAGAAGAAGGUCUCCUCCAUGAAGAGGCACUAGGCGUUCCAGGCCCCUCUGCAGUCUGGACAAAGCACGGGAGCAGAGAUGAGCUGCUCAUUGGUGGAGGAGAGACGUGGCUUACAGUUAAGCAACCAUGUCUCUUCUCCUUCACUUCUCUGGGAUUGGUUGAUAGCUUUUAGAGUGGGAGGGGUCAGUGGGGAAAAUGGCUUUGCACUGGCUGGUUGGAAAUGGCCAUGGGGAUGCCAAUCACUACAGGGUUUCCUGCUUCCCUUCGAACUAUCCUGCAGUCCCAAUUCCCAACUGGCCAUUGUAGGGCAAGAGAGCCUGUUUUUUUCUCUCUCUCUGUUGCUCUGUGAAACUCUCAAAAACAGCUUUAUUGCGCUUAACCAACCUUUUCUUGUUUCACUCUUGCAGAAGCACCUAUGUUAAACUAUGAAAUCAGCAGGUCUGACAGAAAGUGGAGUCUACCAAAAUUUUCCUAUUUACUGUUGAAAAUAAGAGAGGUAUCUUUCAUUGUGUGCUUUGAUAUGUUUUGGCUGAAUGUGUAUUUUUUUACAUUUUUAUCGCAAUGAUUUCUUUGUCCAAGCGUUAUGCUUGCAUGACUCAACAGAUUUGUAUGGAAGAGGAGUGGUUGGAGUGGAAUUUGUUCAGGGUUAUAAUGAUGUGUGGUCGGGUUUAUGGAUGUCUCAGCAACACCCAGAACAACCCCUUUUAGAGGCCUUGUUUGCAAUGAAAUAGUUUUCAGACGUUAGAUUGUAGUCGGUAGAACAAUCCAAGUCUAGUCACAUCACGUGCCUACCUGGUCCCACUUGGACCCAAAGAAGCCACACGUUCAUGCUGCACUCUCCCGUGUCAGUGCAUGACUUCAUGAAUGAGUUCUUCUCAAAUGUAACACAGUUUUGGCUCCACACCUGGGUGAUCAGUGCCUGCGGUUUCUCAGUGCUCUUCUCUGAGUUAGCAUUUGCUGCUAACUCCUUCGCACUCUCUCUCGUGCACUGACUGUCAGAGAUUAAAAAUAUCUAAGCAGUAUUGGUUUAUUUAUCAAGGAUGUAUAUACUUCAAUGUAUAAUGAAUACUGUCUCCAUUUCAGAAAGAGUAAUGUUUGUCAUGUUGUAGCAUUAUAUUGUUAGCCUAGUGCCAUUUUUUCCUUUGGUGUCAUUUUAAAGUUUCUACCAUUUCGUGGUAACUUGUGCUAUAAUACAAAAAAUAAUAAUAAAAAAACUGAAAUUACA